AAGGGACAAACUCACGUUUUUACUAGCGUUUUGUUGUUUCUGCUGGUGCGCGGCUGUCUCGCCGCCGUUGAUUGGUCGGCCGGUUGUGUGGCGCGCUCUGAUUGGCUGGAGUACCGCCAUGAAACACAAUCUGCGGGCGGCGCGCGGCGCCCGGCCGCCCGCCGAGUGGACUGGUAAGCGGAUUAUUUCAGAUGGUUCCGAGGCGCGGUGUGGUGUGGGGUGUAGCGCUCCGCGGUGGUGACCGGCGUGCUGCGUGACGCGGACUCUGUGGCGGAAAGGCGCUGACGGGUGAGAUGGCGGCCGGUCGGCUGGGCCCGCUGCUGCUGCUACUGCUGGCGGCGGCAGCCUGUCAGGGCUACGACGACAGCGGCACGUGCGAGCCGAUCCAGCUGUCCCUCUGCAAGGACCUGGGCUACAACCGGACCCGACUGCCGCCCAACACGGACAUCCAGGACGCCGAGCGACAGACGCUCUCCUUCUCGUCGCUAAUCCAGUACAAGUGCUCGAGCCGGCUCAACUUCUUCCUGUGCGCAGUGUACGCGCCCAUGUGUACCGAGAAGGUGAACGUGCUGAUCGGGCCGUGCCGGACGCUCUGCGAGUCCGUCAAGGACCGCUGCCACCCCAUCAUGUCCAAGCUGGGCUUCGACUGGCCGGAGGCGCUCAACUGCUCCCAGUUUCCUGUGGAGAACAAGGGCUCCAACAUGUGCAUGGAGGGCCCGCCGGAGACGGCGCCGCACCGUCUGCCGGUGCCGCACCAGCUGCCCGUGCCGCGCUACUCGGUGCCGCACCACGGCCUGCGGCCCAGCUACCACGGGCCGCCGCGCGCCCUCCCCGCCUCGCCCUGCCAGCACUUUGUCCGUCCCAACUUCUACUACUACGUGAACCGGACGGGGCGGUGCGCGCGCGCUUGUAACGCCGAUGUGGCCUUCUCGCAGGAGCACAAACAGUUCGCCGACAAGUGGGUGGCCUUCCUGGCCAUCCCGUGCCUGGCCUCCACGCUGUUCACGGUGGUCACCUUCCUGCUGGACUCGGCGCACUUCCGCUACCCGGAGCGGGCCAUCGUAUUCCUCAGCUUGUGCUACAGCCUCACCUCCGCCGGCCACGUGCUGCGCCUGGCCGCCGGCCGGCAGGCCGUCAGCUGCGAGAUCGAGCCCCAGUACAACGUACCCGUGCUCAUCCAGCAGGGCCUGGGCAACGCGCACUGUGUCAUCAUGUUCGUGCUGCUGUACUACUUCGGCACGGCCUCCUCCCUUUGGUGGGUGAUGCUGACCGUCACCUGGUUCCUGGCCGCCGGCCUGCGCUGGUCGCAUGAGCGCAUCCAGCAGAAGAGCACCUACUUCCACCUGCUGGCCUGGGGACUGCCGGCGCUGAAGACGGCCGCCAUCUUGGUGUUACAAGCGGUCGACGCUGACGAGCUCACUGGCAGCUGCUAUGUGGGCAACCAGGAUCUGCAGACCCUGCUCGGCUUCGUGCUGAUCCCGGCGUUUGUCUACCUGGUGGCCGGCAUCUCCUUCCUGCUGGCAGGCUUCCGCGCCAUCUUCAGAGAGCGUGGCCAGGCGGUCCGCUCGCGCAGCGUCGAGCGGCUCGAGAUGCUCACCAUGCGUAUCGGCAUCUUCGGCGUCAUCUACACGGUGCCGGCCACGUGUGUGCUGGCCGCACUGCUGUACGAGUACACGUCGCGCGAGCAGUGGCUCACGCAGCUGGACGUGCACCCCAACGUCGAGAUUUUGAUGCUGAAGAUCUUCAUGACGCUGAUUGUGGGAAUCAUCGGCGGUCUGUGGAUGGCCAGCCUCCAGCCGUGUCAGGUGUGGCGCCGCAGUCUGCAGCGCUUCCAGAAGCGGCCCGUGCCGCCGUAUCUGGAGCGCGUGCCCACCUCCUGCCCACACCACCACCACUCGGGCUCGCUGGAGCCGGCCACCAGGCCCGCCCGCCACCACAGCCGGCGCCCGCGCGACGCCUGGCGGCCCGGAGGCGAAACACAGGUGUGAAUCGCUACCGCAGGUGGCGCUGCCGGCGGAACUAAAUGCGCCUAUGGACGCUGGAGAAUGGAUCUAUGUGCAGCAACGUGCGGCUAAUCAGGGUAUUUUGUGGACUUUGGCAGCGCUGGUGACGCUGCCUUGUGUUGUGCUAUUUUGCAGCCGCGCGAUGGGGCGAUGGAAAGCUGUUUAUGGGUUCCUGAGCAUUACCAUGUGUCGUUAUUUAUGUGCCAUGUGCCGCGGUGGUGCUCCGUUUUUGUUUUGGUGUACUUUGAGAGUUAUGGACAUUCGUCGUUUUUGCAGAGCUAGGUGUGCCAUUGUGUGAAGAGUAUAUGUUUGUAUGUGUUGUGCUUGAUUAAGCACCCCGUCAUGUUGCAUGGCAGAUGCCGCGUCCAAGCCAUGUUGCCAUCGUAAGAUGUUGUUAAACAUGCCUAAAUCGCAAGAUACUUGAUAUGCACCCAGUCCGAUAGUAUCACUGCUUUUGCUAUCUUUUAGCAAGCUGAAAUAUAUUUUGAGCCGUACCGAUGUUCUUACCCUGGCAGGUAUUGAAUAUCGGUGUAAUUUAAGCAUCGAUAAAUGUGGUGUUCCAAUAUCUCUAUGGCAUAUAUUCAUGUCACCUUUGAGCUUCAAAGAAGUGAAUUCAUUCCUUUUUAACACAGCGAUGCUGCGAUUAUUCUUUAAGCUUCUUGCGCAGCUGAAUAACCUAUUGACGAAUGCCUCGUGCGCGACUUCCACUCGUAAGGAGCAGAAUGAGAUGUGAAUAUGGAUUAUUCCGCGAUAGGUGAGCUCAUGUGUGUGAUGAAGUUCGGUCCGUUUUUAUUCUGACAGUUGUGAUAUUCAAGUUCUUACACCUCCUUUUCACCUGUUUCGGAUUAGUUUUUGCUUGGUGAUCUGUGUAUGGCGUGAUGUAACUAUAUUGUAGUGUAUCGUGUAUUGUCCUCUUUAACUGUGAGGGGUGCGUGUGAUCGGCUGCAUGUGUACAGAGCUACCAUUUUAAGCACAUCCAGCUAUCAUUACCCACAUCCUAUGUUUUAACGACAGGUUUCGAUUAUUUGCCACCGAUUAGCAUUAUUAUCGAACGCUCUUGAAACUGCGGUAGAAUGGGAAGCCUGUGACCGUCCCUUUACAAAUUUGUUACAUACUAGCAUUUGCAUCCAUCUUAGGCCAAACCAAGAACAUUUACGAUGAAUGUUCGAAAAAAAAUAGCUCAGCCUUUGAGAAAGCUUUGCCUUUGAAGCCGUUCAGACUCAUCCAGCUGGAUGUGUUUUCUCUCACAAACGCUAGGUGGCAGCUCUGGAGUGAAAGACUGUACCUAUCGAUGCAUGUUCACAAUAAAAUGUCAAUGUUA